AUGCCCCCCGGAGGCGACAUGUCGGCUGCGGCCGGCGGGAGUAACAACUCCAGCGACUUUGUUCGCAAACUCUACAAGAUGUUGGAAGACCCCAGCUACAGCGAGGUCGUCAGAUGGGGAGAUAGCGGCGACAGCUUUGUCGUGCUCGAGAACGAGAGAUUUACGAAAACAAUCCUUCCGAAGCAUUUUAAACAUAGCAACUUUGCCAGCUUUGUUCGCCAGCUGAACAAGUACGACUUCCACAAGGUGCGGCAGAACGAGGAGAAUGGCCAGUCGAUAUAUGGACAACAGGCCUGGGAGUUCAAGCAUCCUGAGUUCAACAGAGAUGCCAAGAAUAGUCUGGACAACAUUCGCCGAAAGGCACCUGCGCCCAGGAAGCCACAGAAUGCCGAGGAAAACUUCACGUCUAACACACAGAUGAUUGCCCUCAGUGAGAAUGUGGCGGCGAUGCAGCAGCAGGUCCAAGGCCUGCAGGAGUCGUACUUUGAGAUUGCGCAGGCGAACAAGGUGUUCGUGGAUGAGAUCUUGUACUUGCAGCGAGUCGUAAAGGCCCAAGCCCAGGCCAGCCAGGAGCUUCUCGGCCACCUGAACAAGAUGGAGCAGAGUCGCAGCAGACAUGCCCGCAACGGCUCGAACCAUGCCAACCAGCCGGGGUUUGGCGGCGAAAAUUUGCUGUCGGAUGGGACCAUCGAGCCACCGGCCGAGCUUCGGAGGGCGCGAGACCUUCUCAACAGCGUGUCGGGUGAGCACAUUCCGGAGAGAGACCUACGCCAGAUGUCGAUACAGUUCCAACAGGUCGGCGCCUCUCCCGAGUCAGCUGGAUCAGGUUCUAUGAUGGGACCUCCAGGAUCCGCCGGCUUACAACAGACAUUCAUUCACGACCCCAUCAUAGAUCCAAGGCACAUGGUGUAUCCGGCAGGGCAGAACAUUGGUAUCGACCCUUUCGCAGCCGAACACAUGAACAAUAUCCCGUACAACAGACCGGUGUCGCAGAAUGCGAUGGCACCUGGCCCCGAGCCGGUAGCGCCCAUGACAUCAGUCAGUCCACCCGGCGGCACCGGUGGUUCGCCAUGGGGUGCCAAGAAGCCGCGCAUUCUGCUUGUCGAAGAUGACAGGACAUGCUCGAGGAUAGGAUCCAAGUUCUUGGCCAACUAUGACUGUGGCGUUGAGGUUGCUCGUGAUGGUCUUGAGGCUGUCCACAAGGUCAACGCCAACCCCAACUGGUAUGAUUUGAUCUUCAUGGAUAUCAUCAUGCCACAGUUGGACGGUGUAUCAGCAACAGCCAUGAUCCGCGAGGUCAACCCCCGCAUCCCCAUCAUUGCGAUGACGUCGAAUAUCAACCAGCAGGACUUGGACAUGUAUUUCCACUGGGGCAUGCGGGACGUCCUCGCCAAGCCCUUCACCAAGGAAGGCAUGAUUGGUAAGCUCAAGAGGCAUCUAGGUAGCUUCAUGAGAAACCCCCCACCCGAGGCCUUGAUGGAUACCAUGUAUCCGAACGGCGGACCGCAGCCCACGCCAGGCGGCUUCCAGAGCCAGAACAUGAAUCUCCCUAUGUCAGCAACAUCAUCGUCCGGCGUGGCCAAGUUCGACACCACCCCGAUUCAAUCGCCAUCGACUAGUGCCUCGUGGCAUUCUCCGGGGCAAUUGCCACAUGCGUCGCCCAACUUGAACCAGGACCAAGGAUACCUGACUGCAGGCAGUGGACAACAAAUGCCCAUGACGCCUGGAGGCACUGCCCAGCCGCGAUACCCGAACGCAGUGCUGCCUGCCAUGAUGAACGCCCAAGGAGGUCGCAUGCCAGACGGAAUGCCAAACGACGGACCACCCGAGAAGCGACAACGCCUCUACGGGCCCGGCGCUCAGGGUCAAUUUCGCCAAUGA